AUGGAUGGAGGAGGAGAAACUGUUGCCUCGGCUACGAAGCAGAAGGUCGUCGUGGUUGGGGGAGGAAUUGCAGGUUCAUUGCUCGCGAGGUCUAUUCAGGACUAUGCGGACGUCACCCUCAUUGACCCGAAGGAGUAUUUUGAGAUUCCAUGGGCAAGUUUGAGGUCAAAGGUGGACCCAUCAUUUGCAGACAAGGCAUUAUUUAACCACUCGGAGUAUUUAACCAACGGCAGAGUUAUCAUAUCCUCUGCAAAUAGCGUGACCGAGACAAAAGUUUUAACAACAGAUGGGCAUGAGGUUCCUUAUAAUUACCUUGUUGUUGCUACUGGUCAUGCGCCGUUCAAUCCCAGAUGCAGGAGGGAUAGGAUGGAACAAUUUCAAGAAGAAAAUAUCAAGAUAAAAAAUUCGGGGUCUAUUCUAAUCAUUGGAGGUGGACCCACUGGUGUUGAGCUCGCUGGAGAGAUUGCGGUGGACUACCCGGAGAAAAAGGUCACUCUGGUUCACAACGGACCAAGAUUGCUGCAGUUCAUUAGCCCCGGGGCUAGCAAAAAGGCACUGGAUUGGCUGAAAUCAAAGAAAGUCGAAGUUCUGCUUGAGCAAUCAAUUGGUUUGGGAUCAAUAUCAGAGGCAGACAAGACCUUCAUGACAUCAGCAGGGGAGACUGUAAUUGCUGAUAGCUAUUUUGUCUGCUUGGAUAAGCACGUAGCUUCAUCAUGGCUUCAGGAGUCUGUGCUAAAGGAAAGGAUUAAUAGGAUGGGAAGAGUGAUGGUUGAUGAGAACUUGAGAGUUGCAGGUCACAGGAAUGUCUUCGCCAUUGGUGACAUCACUGACAUUCAAGAAAUAAAACAAGGGUACCUUGCUCAAAAGCACGCCAAGGUGGUAGCAAAGAACUUAAAGAUUUUGAUGAAUGGAACUAAGAACAAGACGCUAGUCAAGUAUAAACCAUCGAUUCAAGUGGCGAUGAUUUCAUUAGGAAGGAACAGUGCAUUAGCGCAAGUACCAUUUCUAACAAUGGCCGGGUCGCUGCCCGGCAUGAUCAAGUCCAAGCACUUGUUUGUGGACAGGACGAGGAGGAAGAUGGGCCUGGAGUGCUAA